AUGCCAUCAGCUCUAGUAACAGGAGCGACAGGCCUGUUAGGCCGACAGGUAGCCAAAGCAUUUUCCGACGCAGGCUGGCAAACAACCGGCACGGGCUUCCGUCGAGCCUCAUCCACGAUCCACGAGGUAGACAUCAAGGACAGCGAAGCCGUGACCCAGCUCCUGGACGAGGUCAAACCUCAAGUCAUCGUCCACUGCGCCGCGGACCGCCAACCUGACUCCUGCACCAAGAACCCCCAAGAGGCUCGUCGCCUGAACGUGACAGCAACAGAAUCCCUCGCUUCGCUCGCAGCCUCCCACAAUGCUUUUCUCAUCUACAUCUCGACCGACUACGUAUUCCCUGGCGUGGCCGGCCAAGCACCGUACAAAGCCGACGACCCUCCCAAGCCGACCAACAUCUACGGCCAAACAAAACUCGACGGCGAAAAUGCAGUGCUAAAACACUCUGGGACCGUCGUCCUACGAGUCCCCGUCCUCUACGGCCCCACGUUACCGGCCGACAACAACCAAGAAAGCGCGGUCAAUAUCCUCAUGGACGCGCUGUACACGUCGCAGAAAGAGCCCGUCAAGAUGGAUGACUGGGCGAUCCGAUACCCGACGAACGUUGAGGAUGUGGCGCGCGUGUGCGUCGAUAUUGCAAAACUAUAUACAAGCGAGAAAGACAAUCUGCCGCGCAUUCUACAAUUCAGCAGCGAGGACCGCAUGACCAAGUACGAGAUCUGCAAGAAGUUUGCAGAGAUCAUGGGGUUGCCGAUGGAUGGACUCGUGGCGGAUAAAGACGGUGGGAAACCGGGGGCAGAUGGCACGUUGAGACCGUACGAUUGUCAUUUGGAUACGAGCGAGUUGAAAAAUUUGGGGAUUGAUAUUGCAACGGUGGAUUUUGUGGCGUGGUGGAGGAGAAAAGUGGGAGCUUUUCGACAUUAA